AUGUUGACACAAACAAUUACUAAGAAUAAUUUGCCUACUUCGCAGCAAACAAGUCCUACUAGAUCACACACCACCAUUCUAACAACUUAUACAACCACUCGGGGAACUUCUGUCACAAGAUUAACUACUACCACUUUGGAUAAUUCUUCCGUAUUAGUACUUACGACUGUUGUGCCUUCAUCUGAAGUAUUAGUUAUUGCGACAACCGUUGUUGUGGUUUCACCUAAAAAAAAUGGUCGGGUACCGGUACGUAACAAUGAUGUAACGGGAGAUAAGAUCAACCUCUUCCAAAUAUGGAAAUACAAGUUCUUGGCACCUACGCCUACAGCAGCAUCUCCAGCAUCUCCGAGUAAUAUUCUUCCAAUCGACAAUAAACCUACCGUUGCUCCAAAACCUUUUUCUAGUCCAGCAGCAGCACCUACGGCUGCAACUAUACAAAACCCAUCUGAUAUUCUUCCAAGCUUCCCGCCUCCUACGAAACCGAGCUCGGGAAAUAGUAACGAUAAUCAGUCAAAGUCUCCUGUACCUGCAAGUGCUGAAAAUACAAUUAUAGUUACUUAUAAACCUACCAGGACUGAUCCUCAGACAAUUACUAAGAAUAAUUCGCAGCAAACUCAAAGUUCUAUUAAAUCACCUAAUUCCAUCACCUCUGUAAAAUAUAUUACAUCCACUUUGGCAACUUCUGCCACAAAGUCAAUUACCAUCACUUUAGAUAAUUCUUCCGUAGAAAUAAUUACGACAGUUGUGCCUUCAUCUAAAGUAUUAGUUAUUGCAACAUACGUUGUUGUGCCUUCAUCUGAAGUAGCAACAAAUAUCACUCCAAAGAAUGGGCUUUAUUCAAGCGCGAAUUCAUUUCUGUUCAUUGAUGCAAUUUUUGAAAGGAUAAUGAUGGCUUUUGUUUUCUCUUUUGGCCUAAGUUUAAUUUUUAUUCGAUGA